CGUAUGCAUGUUCAAUGUAUGCAUAUACUACAAAUCUUGCUUUUCUUCCACUUCGCCUUUUUUAUGAUACCUUGUUGUUGUUGUUUAGCAUCAUUUUCAGAAGCCGUAAAUAUUGUAUUAAAAACACAUUUUUCCCUUUACCAUUGAGGUCUUGAUGUUUAGUUCAGGAACAUCACAGCUCUUCGUGACCAUGAUUUUUCGUAUCUUUUAGAAAACAGGAAUGUAUUUUUUGUUUGCUUUAAAAAGCAUCUAAAUAGUAAUUUAUAAAGCAAAAAAAAUAUGAACAACUUGAAGAGCCGCGAAUGAAAAGUAUUAAAAAGAAGAAACCUACAAAAUGCUUGGUCUCUUUAUACUGUUUCUUACAGGUCUACAGGUCAUUACAGGCGAGCCUAUUGUGGAUUCUAAUGGUUAUUUAGCUUAUUGCCCCUGUAUGGGUCGAUUUGGCAAUCAGGCAGAUCACUUUUUGGGUGCGCUGGCUUUUUCUAAAGCUUUAAAUCGCACUUUAAUCGUACCCCCAUGGGUGGAAUAUCGUAAAGGAGAAACUCGCUCCAAACAAGUUCGAUUUGAUAGUUAUUUUACUCUGCAUCCUAUAAAAGAAUACCAUCGCGUUAUAUUAAUGGAAGAUUUUAUGAACGAGUUGGCCCCGAAACUUUGGCCCGAAGAAAAACGCAUUUCAUUUUGUUAUAUGGAACGCAAAAGUAUAUAUUUGGAAGACGCCAAUAAAGCAGAUUGCCACGCAAAGGAAGGUAAUCCAUUCGGGCCAUUUUGGGAUACGUUCGGUGUAAACUUUUCAAAUUCUGAAUUUUAUGGACCUUUGCAUUUCGAUAUUCAUCACAGCAAUAUAGCAGAUAAGUGGAAUGCGCAGUAUCCACCUCAAAGAUGGCCAGUUUUAGCUUUCACUGGUGCGCCUGCAAGCUUUCCUGUGCAACAAGAUAAUCGUCAUUUACAUAAAUACCUAAAGUGGAAUAGAAAGUUUCAAGACGAUGCCCGGCAAUUUAUUAGGACCAUGCCCAAGGGAGCUUUUAUAGGUGUACAUUUACGCAAUGGCAUUGAUUGGGUGAGAGCGUGCGAUCACGUCCGAGACAAUCAGCAACUAUUUGCUUCACCACAGUGUUUAGGAUAUAAUAACGAGCGUGGCAAUUUGUACCCGGAAUUAUGCAUACCUUCGAAAGAGCUUAUUAUUCGCCAAAUUAAACGCCUACUGAAAAAUGUAAAGCAAUCUUAUCCUAAAAAUGAGGUGCGAUCAAUUUUUGUGGCUUCAGAUGCCAAUCCCAUGAUAAAGGACUUAAAUAUGGCAUUGCAACGUAUGAAUGUCACUGCUUAUCGUUAUCCAAAAGACAACCCACAUUUAGACCUAACGAUUUUGGGCCUUUCUAAUCAUUUCAUCGGGAAUUGUAUAUCCUCUUUCUCAGCCUUUGUUAAAAGAGAGCGAGAUGUGAACGGCUUUCCGUCGUACUUCUGGGCAUUUCCAAAGGAGAAGGAGAAGCAACAUACAAAAUUGCAUGAGGAACUUUAAAGGCAUUUAGGAGAAAU